AUGGAAAGUCAAUAUGCGAGACUAAAAUCCGGACUACUGAGAUCCGGAAGAUUGUUCGAGGACGCGGAGUUUCCGGCCAUUCCCAGAUCCCUCUAUUUCAGUAAGAAUGAUCCCUCCAUUUACUGGCAGAGACCCACAGAAUUAAUUCGAUAUCCGAAAUUUAUCGUCGGUAGUGCUUCGCGCUUUGAUUUAGAUCAAGGAUUAUUAGGUGAUUGUUGGUACGUCGCGGCAGUAUCCACACUGGCCACCAGGCCUGAAUUAUUUAAGAGGGUCCCAACCAACCAACCGUCCAAUCAACCAGCCAGCCAUCCAAUCAACCGACCAACCACUCAAACAGGUAUUUUCCAUUUCAAUUUUUGGUUCUACGGCGAGUGGAAGGAGGUGAUAAUAGAUGAUCGUCUACCCACUAGCCGCGGGAAAAAGUUAGUUUUUUGCAGCAGUAGAGAGCAUCCGGAUGAAUUCUGGUCGGCCCUCUUAGAAAAAGCCUACGCAAAACUUGCGGGGUCAUACGAGGCCCUGGACGGUGGGUGGAUUGAGGACGCCCUGGUGGAUUUCACAGGGGGCAUAAGCCAAAGAAUAAGUUUAAGGGACACCAAACGUCUGCCGAGAAAUUUCUUCAACGUUUUACUACAAAACAACAUGAUGAACUCUCUCAUGGGGACAUGUAUUUAUGUAUGUUGGGCGACUCGACUGACAAUGGAAAAAGAGUUGGAUAAUGGCUUGUUUGUUGGACACGCGUAUAGCAUCACCGAAGUUCUUCAGGUGAGAUUCAUCGGAAGUACAUUCCAACUGCUAAGGUUGAGAAAUCCGUGGGGAAGGUUGGAGUGGAGAGGGAAGUGGAGCGAUAAAUCGAAAGAAUGGAUGAAUUUGAACGACAGAAAGAGAAGUGAAAUUGGAUUAAUCAUUGAAGAAGAUGGUGAAUUCUGGAUUUCAUUCGAAGACGUAAUGAGGAAUUUUGACGUGUUGCAGAUUUGUCACUUGCCUCCAUCUUGUGAAAUUUUGAAGGAUAAAAAGCCCUGGAUAGGGAUACGGUACAACGGCACCUGGACGCGAGGGGUAAAUUCCGGAGGCAGUGACUACUUCAGAAAACACGGCUCCUACUGGACGAACUCGCAGUACUCAAUACAACUGGCAAACAACGACGACAAUAGCAACAAGUGUUGCAUCAUCAUCUCACUGAUGCAGAAGCAUUCAAAAAUGGCGCGAACUCAGCUUAGAGUCCAGUAUACUGAAAUACCUCUCUUAUUUGAUCUCUACAAGGUGGUGUUAGUCUGCUGGUUACCUGCGAAUUGUUACUGA